UUAUUCUAUAAUUUUUUAGAUAUAUACAAAGGCCAAAACCUAUGCACGUAAACCCACGAAGGCACGGACACUCAGAACCCACCAAAAACAAAAAAAGAAAAAAAAAAAAACAAGUCAUUGUCCUUCCCCACCCAUCAUCCACUUCUCUUUCUUCAUUUUUUUAAUUCAGCCCAGAGGACCUGGCUACAAGUCAAGCUUUUAGUUUGAUACUCUUUUAGUCUUCAAAGUAGAGAUCAAUUGUGUGUAUAUUGUGUUAAUAUGGUAAAUGAGAUUAGAUCUUGAUGUUGGAGUUGGAGGAAGAUUUUAGAAGUGAUUGACUUUUUAAGGAGACAGAUGGGCAAUACUUGCGUAGGUCCUAGCAUUUCCAAGAAUGGAUUUUUUCAAUCAGUAUCUGCUGCAAUGUGGCGUACCCGAUCACCAGAUGACAAUAUUUCUCAGGCUAAUGGAGAAUCUGUCCAUGAGAUAACAUCUAAAGAACCAGUAUCACCUUUGCCUGUCCAAAAUAGUCCCCCAGAACAAGUAAUGAUGCCAAAACCAGAAAAACCUGAGAAACCAGAACAACCCUCGAAACCUAAGAAAGGCCCUCAAAUGAAAAGAGUGUCUAGUGCAGGGCUCAAGGUAGAAUCUGUUUUACAAACUAAAACGGGUAAUUUCAAGGAGUUCUAUAGACUUGGGAAGAAACUAGGACAAGGGCAAUUUGGUACAACAUUUCUUUGUGUUGAUAAAGCAGCUGGAAAAGAGUAUGCGUGCAAAUCUAUUGCAAAGAGAAAAUUGUUAACUGAUGAGGAUGUGGAGGACGUUAGAAGGGAAAUUCAGAUAAUGCACCAUUUGGCUGGUCAUCCAAAUGUCAUAUCUAUUAAAGGGGCAUAUGAGGAUGCAAUGGCAGUCCAUGUUGUUAUGGAGCUAUGUGCAGGUGGUGAGCUCUUUGAUAGGAUUGUUCAGCGUGGGCAUUAUUCAGAAAGACAGGCAGCUGAGCUCACUAGGACAAUAGUUGGAGUAGUUGAGGCUUGCCAUUCAUUGGGGGUGAUGCAUCGAGACCUUAAGCCUGAGAAUUUUCUUUUUGUCAAUCAACAAGAAGACUCACUUCUGAAAACAAUUGACUUUGGGUUAUCUAUAUUCUUCAAGCCAGGAGAAAAAUUUAGUGAUGUGGUUGGCAGCCCAUAUUAUGUUGCGCCAGAAGUUCUGAAAAAACAAUAUGGCCCCGAAGCAGAUGUUUGGAGUGCUGGAGUAAUUGUUUACAUUCUGUUAAGUGGAGUUCCUCCCUUUUGGGCAGAGACCGAGCAGGGUAUCUUUGAAGAGGUCCUUCAUGGUGAUCUAGACUUUUCUUCUGAACCUUGGCCUAGUAUCUCAGAUGGUGCUAAGGAUUUAGUAAGGAGAAUGCUUGUGCGAGAUCCUAGAGGGCGGAUAACUGCACAUGAAGUUCUGUGCCACCCUUGGGUGCAGGAAGAUGGAGUAGCUCCUGACAAACCUCUGGAUUCUGCUGUCUUAAGCCGAAUGAAGCAAUUUUCUGCUAUGAACAAGCUCAAGAAAAUGGCUCUUAGAAUCAUUGCAGAGAGCCUAUCUGAAGAGGAAAUAGCUGGGCUUAAAGAAAUGUUUAAGAUGAUAGAUACUGACAACAGUGGUACAAUUAGUUUUGAGGAGCUUAAGGCUGGAUUGAAAAGAUUUGGAGCAAAUCUCAAGGAAUCCGAAAUUUAUGAUUUGAUGCAAGCAGCUGAUGUAGACAAUAGCGGCACAAUUGAUUACGGGGAGUUUAUAGCUGCAACAUUGCAUCUUAACAAAAUUGAGAGAGAAGAUCAUCUAUUUGCAGCCUUUUCAUACUUUGAUAAGGAUGGAAGUGGCUAUAUUACUCCAGAUGAGCUUCAACAAGCUUGCGAGGAGUUUGGCUUAGAAGAUGUACGCUUGGAAGAAAUGAUUACAGAAGUUGACCAAGACAAUGAUGGACUCAUAGAUUACAAUGAGUUUGUGGCAAUGAUGCAAAAAGGAAAUGUUGCAGGUCCCGGUAGGAAGGGUCUUGAAAAUAGUUUCAGCAUUGGAUUUAGAGAUGCUCUCAGCUCUAGUUGCAUCGGCAAUGGACAGACUAUUGUUGGUUUCUUUGUUUAUCUUUUUCGUUUUUGUGGGACCGUGGUUGUAUAGUGACUCAACUAAGAAGCAGGCAGACCUUUAUAACUAUUGUCUUUCAGUUUGCACAGAGAAUUUUAUUGGAGUUUCCAAUUUUGAGAAUACAAUAUUGUCAAAACGUUUUUUGCAUUAUAAAUGAACCUGUAUUGAUUGUUUAUAA